CUGCGUUGCUAAGUUGGCUGGCAGCGAAUGUCAACUACCUACCUCGAGACGCGUCACUCGCGUCGAAGCACCCAGAUCACGUCAUCGCUGGCCACAACAGUUCCCUUGCUUCCGCCCCAGAUCGAUCUGCGGUCUCGUUUUUCUGUCACUUACCUACCACCUGCGUGAUGUCGGCCGAAUCGCAAGAUGCUGCCACCGAGGCCCUCAGCCAGGAGAUCAACGAUCUCAGAGCCAAAGUCGCCUCUUUGAAGAAGGAGUUGAAAGUGCAAGCCACGGCUCUCAUCUCAUCAGAGCCAACGCGUACAGCCCUCCAAGAAGACAAUCAGACACGCAGUGCGUUCGCGCUCCCCUUCGAGUCGAAUCCGGUCCACGACCAGGUCCUGUCUCGAUCCAAAGCCCAAGAAGCGCACGACCAACAAUGUCUCUACCGUACCUGCGCGACAGUCACGACCUUUAGGGUCCAAGACCCCGACCCCAAUGCCGUUGACCGCGGUCAUGUCCUCGGCAUCCGUAUCGAAAUCAUGUCCGGCGCCAUAUUCCGCAGACCAUACUACGUUAUGCUCAAUCGGCCAUACAAGGAGUCCCGCCACCUACGAGUCCAUCGACACACCGUUCCUCUGUGCAUUCCGCUGGCAGCGCUUGCCGCGCGUCACCUCCCGGCACCGAAGCCAGCUGACGACGAAAGACAAAAGAUCCAGGACUUAUCCCGGUUUGUCCGGACACUGAGGAGAGAAAUUGUGAGGUUCCACAACCGGACCGCAGUCAUUGGUGACUUGCAGAAGGCUGCCGGUCUUCGCGGUAGCAGCGAUGCCGAUGAGGACUCGGCGCAGGCGGUCACCAGCAUUGUUGCGGCAGACAUCGAAGCCAAGCAGAUCAGCAUUGAAUGGGCCGACGGCAGGGCAGGCAGACUGGUCAUGAGCGAGGACGGACAAAUCCAGAAGCUGGUUAUACUUGGUACAGCAGGACGCGAUCGAGAGGUUACCAGGGAUCUUCUGGGUGACAGCCGCCGCGUGGAGGACGUCGCAAAGCAGCUGACAAGCACUUGACGUGAGAUUGGAAGCAGGAACCGACAUUACCCUGACAUCUGCCGUCCGCACGGCGAGCAGAGCGACGAACUGUGCUCACAAUCCGCUCGUCCGCACGAGUGUGGUACGGUAUUUUCCAAUCUCUGCUGAUGAGCGAAAACGGGAGGGAAUUUUCUCUGUCCACAACUCAUCAACUUCACACUCGAUACCCCUGAUUUGUGGCGGGAAACCCCUGAUCCAGGCAAUCGAUCCUAUCCACCAUAUCCACCCUCCUCCGGCCCUCUUCGAUGAUUUCAUGAGCCGGGUCCCCGGCACCAGAUUUAAGAAUCCCUUCCACCAUCCGUCGUUCUGCGUGGGUCACGCGUCUGUGCUGUCGGCUCCCGGCACCAAAAAGCACUACCCCCAAAGGUCCUACGACUCGUAUGUGGAGACCCGAGUCAUCCGCGACUUGGUCUGCACGCAAAUAUAAGCAUAGUGCACUCAAUCUAAAGCAUCAUGCAACGGGGAAUUCGCCUUGAUCGCCCGACCGUAGUUGCCCACUACUGGAGAAGGCCGGUUGAGGAGAAUUCAACAUGGGCCGGGAGAUUGACCGAUCUGCCCUAGGGCUCCCUAGAACUUGGAGAUCCGCCGUCGAUCAGCUGCUGCUGCUGCUGCCUCAAAGCACACGUUGGGCUCAUGCCAGCGACGGAGCCGAAAGAACCAGAGAGGGCGGAUAAAAUUCAUGGUGUGUGUCACUGUCGUGCAAGAAGGGGCUCUCGCCUUUGGAGGAGGUACCACAGCAUCGGGUCCCAAGACGCUGGUUUGAAGGGAGGCAAAGCACUUUGAAAUAGAAAGAUACACAGCCCAUUAUAUUAGCCUUAACUAAUUAAGUUUGGUUUCCAGGCCCCAGAGUCGAAUUCUUCCUCCGCCCAAGUUUUGCGAAGAAUCAACUGGGCACCUCCAUCCGGAGGAGCCCCCAAAAUCGUUCAUUGCGUCCCAGUCAUUACCACAAAUCUGCCGUUGUGUCUCCUGCACAUACACAAUGAUAGCCAUGGCGUACGCCCAUCUAUCCGGUCCGUAACCCAACACGUCUA